AUGAAUCGACGACUCAAAAACGUCAGCGUCUCGGUCCCAAUAGUCUACGGCAAUAGCGCCGUCAAACUCACACCGGAGAUGAGGAAACCCAACACCCCGCCCGACCAUACUCACGAAUGGACGGUGUUCUUCAAGCCUGUGGUUGACGACGUCGACUUGACGCCAUUGAUUAAACGGGUCACGUUUAAGCUUCACGAGACCUACGACAGCCCCGUGCGGCUGAUUGAAAAGCCCCCUUACCAAGUGACCGAAACUGGUUGGGGUGAGUUUGAGAUCAUCAUCAAGAUCCAUUUCCACCUGGGCCCCGACUUAGGCCUCAACGAAAAGAAUUUCCAGAUAUUCCACGGGCUCAAAUUACACCCCUACAAUCCGCAGACGGAUCACAGCAACGCCCUGAAUACUACGGUGGCGGCCAACGGCGACGUCCACCUGGUGCUCUACGAUGAGCUCGUAUUCUCCGAACCCACGGAGCUUACUUUUGAGUACUUGACGAAAUACCCAGUGAACAUGCUUCCCUAUAAGCUUUCGGACCCGGACAAGCGAGACCAAGAGUAUAUUCGCAGCGACGAGACCGACGAGUUGGCUCGGCUUGAUGUUUACUUGGAGAAGAUCAAGCACGAAAUCGAGCGCCAGCGCAACGAGUACCAGGAGUUGGAACAGGAAAAGUUUGCCCUUAUACAGUGA